GCCACCUGACCACCACCACCACACCUCUACCACAGCACCUUAGCUUUUUCCUUUCCUCUCAAGCUCGAUAUAUUGACCAAUGUCUGGACGCGGAAAAGGUGGAAAGGGUCUCGGAAAGGGUGGUGCUAAGCGCCACCGCAAGAUCCUGCGCGACAACAUCCAGGGUAUAACUAAGCCGGAGACACGUGGUGUCCUGAAGAUUUUCCUCGAGAACGUCAUUCGUGACUCCGUCACCUACACUGAGCACGCCAAAAGGAAAACUGUCACUGCUCUUGACGUCGUUUACGCUCUCAAGCGUUCCGGGCGUACGCUCUACGGUUUCGGUGCUUAAGCGCCUCGCUAUGUUUAACUGCAAGAUAUCACGUUGCUUUCCGCCUGGUUUCCCCUGCUUCUCUCUUAACAUGUCGAUGAUCCAUUGAAAUAUGCUUAUUAUAUUCUGUAUGAUACAUACAUAUAAAACGAUGUCUGUUCCUGUAGCUGUCUGGUCGAAUGAUUUUGCGAGCACUGGUGAGUGGAAACAAUG